AAGCUUCCCCCCUCAAGGAACUCCACAGGUCUAGACCUCUAGGCCUACAGCUUCAACGAUGAGCAUACACGAAGUGGAGGUAGGUGAGACAGGUGAGGCCGAUGGUCUGAUCCCACACUACCUUGGUGAUGAUCCACGACCAACAAGUAAGCGGGAGCUUGCGGGCUGGUAUUGUUAUGGCUGGGCAGCUGAGGUCUUCACCGUGUGUGCCAUGGGCUCAUUUCUUCCGAUUACUCUCGAACAGCUGGCGCGAGAUCGAGGCGUGCUCCUAUCCGAUAAGACCACCCCCUGUACCCCAACAUGGAAUCCCUCAAAGGAAAUGUCCGGCCAGGAUGGAUAUCAUAUCCUAAAACCCGAUGCCGGCCAAUGUAUCAUUUUCUUCCUUGGUGCCGAGAUCAACACCGCCAGCUUCGCCUUGUAUACCUUUUCACUCAGCGUCCUAGUCCAAGCGAUUCUAAUCAUAUCCAUGUCUGGUGCCGCUGAUCAUGGAAGCUAUCGCAAGAAGCUGCUGGUCACUUUUGCGUUCGUUGGUGCCACUGCAACGAUGUUGUUCCUUGCAGUGGUUCCCCGAGUCUACCUUCUCGGAGCACUCCUGGCUAUCGUUGCUAAUACUUGCUUUGGUGCGUCCUUUGUCCUUCUCAACUCGUUCUUACCGGUCCUUGUUCGCCACCAUACGUUGGUCUUGGAAAAGAGCCUGGAUGUUCAAGAGGCACUGGAUGCUACUAGCCCGUCUAGAGAGAAUGGUGGUUCACUGGAAGGUGAAGCUCUACGAAGACCCGACGCCUCCACUCCACUCCUGGAACCCCGUUCAGACGAUGGAGAGAGUCCACUGGAUAUCAUGACCUCGGUGGAACUCCAGGUGUCCACCAAGAUCUCCUCCUAUGGAAUCGGAAUAGGCUAUGUCGGCGCCGUGAUUCUACAGAUGAUGGCAAUCCUAGUUGUGGUUGUCUUUCACCAAACCACCUUUUCCCUACGUCUGGUGUUGUUCCUGAUCGGGCUAUGGUGGUUUGUCUUUACCAUCCCAGCAAUGUUUUGGCUUCGCGCCCGCCCUGGUCCUCCACUUUUAGCAAGUGAUGGGAAGCCAUUAGACUCUUGGGCGGCAUACCUGACCUACUCGUGGAAGUCCCUUGCCAAAACAGCUAUGCGCGCACGACGUCUGAAGGAUAUUCUGAUCUUCCUAGCGGCAUGGUUUCUGCUCAGCGAUGGUAUCGCGACUGUUAGUGGCACGGCGGUGCUGUUUGCCAAAACCGAGCUUGAUAUGAAACCCGCGGCGCUUGGACUGAUCAAUGUGAUUGUCAUGGUGGCCGGCGUGUUUGGUGCAUUCUCAUGGAGCUACGUGUCGGGACUCCUUGGCCUUAAAACAUCGCAGACCAUCAUUGCCUGCAUUAUUCUGUUCGAGAUUAUUCCGAUCUACGGCAUUCUCGGAUUUUUCCCAUCCGUGCAGCGAAUGGGGAUUGGCCUUCAACAACCCUGGGAAAUGUACCCGCUGGGCGCGGUGUAUGGGUUGGUGAUGGGUGGCCUCUCCUCAUACUGCCGAAGCUUCUUCGCCGAGCUCAUCCCACCGGGCUACGAGGCAGCUUUCUACGCUUUGUACGCGAUCACCGACAAGGGAUCGAGCAUAUUUGGACCGGCUAUUGUUGGGGCAAUCACCGAUCGCUACGGGCAAAUCCGACCGGCCUUUGUCUUUCUGGCUAUUCUCAUAUUCCUUCCACUGCCAUUGAUGCUGCUGGUGGAUGUGGACCGUGGCAAGCGGGAUGCGCUAGAGCUAGGUGCCGAACUGGACCGUCUUUCUGAAACAGCGGGAUACGGGGAGAUCUCCGUUGACGCGGAGGAGGAGCCCGGAGUAGCGGGGCCUAGGAGUAGGGUGGCUGUGGUGAGUCUGGUACCUGCGGUGCUUGAAUUGUAG